AUGGACACCCUGGGCAGGCUGCUCCUCCUGGCUGCACUGCUCCUGGCACCUGCAGAGGCCCAGCAGGCCUCCGAGCGCCGCCUGAAGCCCUGGCUGGUGGGCCUGGCCGCUGUAGUGGGCUUCCUGUUCAUAGUCUUCGUCCUCAUGCUGGCCAACCGAGUGUGGUGUUCCAAACCCAGACCUGAUGAUGAAGAGGUCACAUUCAGAAUGGAGGCCAAUGUGAACGUAGAGCCAAGCCCUGGAGACUGCUUUCAGGGCUUGACCCUUUCACCCCAUGAACAUGGACAUGCUCUCACUGUGGUACCUAAACCCCACAGUAAAACAGAGAAGAAGAAGAAGAAGAAGCAGAAAAAGCAGGUGGACAGGAAGGGUGGUCACAGCAACGAGGGCUUGGACCUGGGGGAGAAGGAUUCCUCAGAUGAUGAGAGAGACAAGAAGACAGCCUUGUGAGGCCUCUUGCUUCUGGGGGUGCUCCUUUCACACCACUCAAGGAGCAGACUUCAUGGAAAUCGAGACGGCUGACAUCUGGAUCUCAAAACUGUCCCCAAAUGAGGAGGCCCGCUCUGCACACCGUGUGUACAGCUACCGUCCACCCCUCCCUCAUCCAUAAAUCAGCCCGUGCCCUCUCCCAGCCCCUGCUCUCCAUUCCCUUCCCCCACCCUCCGGCACAUCCACCUAGCUCCCUGGCAUCACCCGUCUGAGCGUCUCCUCUUUCCCAAUGGCCCUGAGUCCCUGAGCCCUCCAGUGGAAUUUGUGUGUAGAGGAGACACCCUGUGACCGUUAUUUUUCAGCCACAGUCUCUAGACUCUGCCCCCAUGGUCACCUGGUUUUUGCUUUGUGUGACCAGGGGAGGCUGUUUUGGGGGGACACUUCCAGCAAAGGCCA